AUGGCCGCCUUCAAGAUGGCCGCCGCUAUGGCGGCAGUGGCUCUGGUCGGACACGUCCAGGCCACCGAGGUCCCCCUACCCCCCUGCCUCGACCCCUUCCAGCCUUUUGUCUACUCGGGCUGCUUCCAGGAGACGAGCAACACGCAGCUCCUGCCCUACCGCAGCCUCUCCCCUCCCGAUGACAUGACCGUCGAGAAGUGUGUUGCCGAGUGCAAGGGCAACGGCUAUCGCUAUGCCGGCCUCGUCUACUACGGCGUGUGCUAUUGUGGCCAGACCGUCAACGGUCCUCACGCCGAGGAGUCCCAGUGCAACCUCCCCUGCAAGGGCAACGAGACCCAGACCUGCGGUGGCAACGGCAUAUUCUCCGUCUACUCGGACCCCACCUUCGAGCCCAUCGAGGACGUGACAAUCGAGGACUACGACAACCUCGGCUGCUGGACCGACGACUCCAGCAUGGGCCGUGCCCUGACCUACCGCCAGGACCAGGUUGACGGUGCUACCUUGACCACCGAGAAGUGUCUGCAGGCCUGCCGUGACGGCGGCUUCCCCUUUGCCGGUACCGAAUUUGGUGGCGAAUGCUACUGUGGUGUUGUGAUUGGCAACGACACGUAUGCGGCUCCCGCCGACGAGUGCAACAUGCCCUGCAACGGCAACUCGGGCCAGUCUUGCGGUGGCCGUGGACGCCUGAACCUGUACGUCGCCGAUGAGCUGCAGUCGCUCGAGCCCUGCGGUUACCAGCCGCCCGUCUCCAGCAGCAGCACGCUGCCGCCCGCCUCGUCAACCGCCCCUCCCGAGACCUCCACCGUCCCGCCGACCAGCACCACCCCGAUCACCUCGACCACGACCACGAGCAGCUCCGCCUGCGUGAGCACCACCGUCGUGCCGCCCACCUGUGAGUACAAGUGCGGCAAGUGGUGCUCGUCGCCGCUGCCCGACUGGGACGAUGUCAAGUCGUGCAAGGCUGCGUGGUCCCACUGCGCGAUCCAGGUCGCCUCGUGCUUCAAGCACGCCGGCUGGCCCGAGGUCCUCAACUGCUUCGACUUUGGCGAGUGGUGUGCCGACGUCAACAAGUACUGCGACAGCAAGCCGCGCGGCGGCUGCCGCAAGGGCGACUUCUGGGGCCAGAAGCCCCCCAAGGGCGGCUCCAACCCCCCCAAGACCGUCACCGUCACCACCACCUGCGCGCCCACCGCGACCGUGACCAAGCCCACCACCCCCUCCUCCACCGUCACCCGGUGCCCCAUCCCGACCCCCACCAACAUCUGCAUCCAACCCAAGAGCCUCCUCUUCGGCUACGGCCCGGGCAAGCCCGUCGGCGGCAUCGAGAUGCCCGUGGUGACGUGCAACGACCUGGCCGAGGACUGGCCCAACUACCCGUUCAAGCAGUACACAGACCUGGACAGCCGCAAGUGCCGCAAGUACCAGCGCAACAAGUGCCCGAGCGCGUGCGCCGACGCCUGCAAGGAGCAGUACGACGACUGCGUCGCCGUCUACGCCGAGGGCUGCCGGACCAAGCCCAGCAGGCCCCGCGACGCCAACUACUUCGAGUUCCACAGCAGCGUCGAGAAGCGCACCUUUGGCUGGUUCGACAACUACGCCGGCGCCAUCGUCAAAUGCAAGGCCCAGUACAGCGACUGCCUGAGCACCAACAGGGGUGUUACCGGUGCCGGGAAGUGCCCCAAGUUUGGGGGGUGGUAG